AUGGCGGCCGGGAAGGGGCCAAAAACCGGACACAGAAAAAAGAAAGGAACCGAAAGGGGAAAGAAAGAGCCCGGUAAGGAAGUUCUCGGAAGACGAAGGAACAACAAGGCCGGCUUACGUCAGCUCGGCUUGAGGCCACGCACUACGCGCCACUUUCUGACAGCCUCCCGAUCGCUCAGCCAGAACUCUCCCAUCAACAGCCACCAUCCAUCUUUCAUCCCCCACCGACUCAUCGACGCCGCCAACGACGACCAGCUCACCCCCUUCGAUACCGACGCCGACACUGAUAUUCACAUCGACACAGAGCAGAAAUUCUCGAACAAUAGAGUCAUGCUGGUAGACAACCUGCUCCAGCCGUCGCCAUUCGCGACGAACAACCCCAACGCCGCCGAAUUAUCAGACUUCCUCAACAUGGACCUCUUCGCCCAGUCUGCCACCGCCGCCCCAUCCUCUAACAACGGCGGCGGCUCCUCGUCGCGCGGCUCGUCCCACUCACCCUCUGCCCCUUUCUCUUCCCUCCCAUCACCACCCUCGACCGGCUUCUUUUCCAACCCUUCCAUCGUGGAUUACACCAACGCAGCGACCACCGAUUGGUUCAACUUCAACCUCCUCGAUGAUGAGUACACCAAGAUCGACAACUCCAUGUCGAUGUCUGGCAUGAGCGCCGCAGCACCCGCACCGUACGAUUUCUUUGCGGGCUUUAACCCGAACGCAUUUGGUGCGGCCGGAAGCUUUAGUAGCCCAGAGAGCAUCAGCGCCGGUACUAGCUUUGGAGGCAGCCAAUCGGACGCCGCUGCUGCCCAACAGCAGUCUUAUUCUAUUGAUCCUCAGCUCGUGGGCACACCCUCUGCCGCAUCACCCGCCGAACUUUCCUCCCAUCAUUCGACUAACGACGACGAGAAGAUGAGCGACGGCGAGGACGACGAAGACGAUGCCGAGUCGCAGAAGCCUGAGGUAGAGUCUGAGCCUAUCAUCGCGCCCGUCAAGGUCGGUGGUAGGGGAAAUGCAGGUAGGAGAGGCACUGUGCAGUCCGGCGGGAUCGCGAAGAAGACGCCGCCGCUGUCCUCCGUCGUGCGCGUUACCGGCGGUUCGGCGCCAAACUCCACCAUCGUCAGCGUCAAGAAGGCCGUCGCGCCGGUGGAGAAGGUCACCGCCGCUGCAAAGAGGGAGAGGGACGACGAUGACGAUGAGAACGACGAUUGGAGGCCGAGCCCAGAGGAGUACAAGAAGAUGAGCAGCAAGGAGAAGAGGCAGCUCAGGAAUAAGAUUAGCGCCCGCAAUUUCCGUGUUAGGCGUAAAGAGUACAUCUCGACUCUCGAAGGUGACAUCGCUGAACGCGACCGCCUCAUCGACGCCAUCCGCACCGAGCUCGGUUCCACCAAAUCCGAGAACAACGCCCUCCGUCAAGAGAUUUCCGAGCUCAAAAAGGUCCUCCUCGCCGCACGUGACCAUCCCGACGCCGCCACCACCCUUCCACACCUUCCCCCUCCCGGCCCUCUCCCGCCCGUAUCACCCUUCCUCUCACCCGUUUCCGCGACCAGCUCCGUUCACUCAACGUUGAACGUUAUCAACGCACCACAGAGCCCGAAUCUGUUCAGUGCGCCAUCAAGUCCUGCGCUCGCGCCUGUCGCUGGUCCUUCUACUUCACCCAUUCCCUCACUUCCCAGCACUGGUGGCUUGGUGACGCCGAACAUGAAGAAGGAUCUGCCUACCUCUCCAAGGGUCGGCGCGAACGCCUUCUGGGGCGGGGCGAACUCGCUCGGGUUCACACCCGUGCACACGACACUCAUACCUGAUGCGAACCCGAACCUCAGUAACACUCUCAGCGGAAAGCCCGCGAAUGCGAACAGGAAGACGACGAGGAGCCCUGCGUUGCAGGAGAAUAUGAACCCUGGUCUGAAUGGUUCCGGAGCUGGAGGGAACGGAGGCGCGAAUUGGAAUGGAUUGUUUGGUGUUGGAGGUACGAAUGGGGCGAAGGUGGCUGCGGGGGCGGGCAAGCCGUUCGAUGCGUUUGCGGAGAGUAAUAUGUUUACGAUGAAGAUGCUCGAUGCUUAUCGCAUGCAACUUUGGACCCGCAUGGCUCAACAACAAGCACAUCAACAGCAACACAUCCAACACUCGAACCCGCACCAACACCCCUCUCCCUCCUCUUCUCACUCCUCACUCUCGGGCUCGCCAUCCCCACCACCGAGUCUCACCGGCCUCGCCUCGAACCUCAAGCCGCAUUACUUCACCGACUCGAAACGAUCCGCCGUUCCUUCCUCGUCGACGCUCUCCGCGUUGUUGGCCGGCAAACAUACCGGUGGCAGUGGGACGGCGGCGGCGCCGUUCAAGGUCAAGAAGGAGGAGCCGGAAUUGUCGGGUGUUCCGCAUCUGGGAACGCCGGGCGUGGGAGGUAUGCCACCGAUGCCGACGAGGCAGGAGGCGAUGGUUGCGGCUAUGGCGCAUCAGACGUUAUUGGGCAGGUUGGGGAAUGCGUUUUGGGACGCUUUCUCCGGAGGUUCUUCGUCUGGGCAUUCUGGAGCUGGUGCUGGGCAUUCGCAUGCAUCUGGUGGGCAGAAGCACCAGAGUAUCGAUGCGGAUAAGGUGAAGAGGGUGUUGGAGGGGAGAGCGGUGGUUAGGGUUGUUGAUGUGGAUGAGAAGCAGCCGGUUAAGGCGGAGAUGAAGGGUGAGCCUAUCAUGUCGAGGGUGAAGGCCGAGCCGGUGUCGCCGAGGAUGGGUAAGGCUGAGCCGAUGGCGACGGUGAAGACGGAGAAGGGAGAGGGUGUGAAGGUGGCGGAUAUGUUGGAGGAGAGUAUGAGGGCGCUGAGUUUGGGGAAGAAGUAGAGCGUUCAGCGCUUCACGACGUCUCGUUCUUUUUUGGAUGAUGGGAGGGGAGUGAGAAGAGAAGUGGGACUGUGUAGAGUUUGAAUUUUCUUUUCUGGUUGUGUGUGUGCCUAUCGAUAAUCCCCCGCUCCUUCCCCAUUUUUUUUCCGAAUCUCUCUCGCCUCUCGUCCACGUUGGUGGUUGUCGUGUCUUCGUCUGUCGUUGGGUCCAGUUCAAAUAUUCAUCGAACUCGAUGCCAACUUCGAGAUCGUCACCACCAGAUACAUCCAAUCUCUUUGUUCUCCUCCAUUCCUUUUUUGUUUUCAUCUCGCAUCCCGUCUUCGUCGCAUUGAUUCUCUCAUCCUCAUUUCAUUUCUCAUUUUCAUUUUUCAUUUUCACUUUCUCUCCACUGAAUCGAACGAAGAAACCUUCGCACCCAUACUCAUCCUCCAACUUAGGACUCCUUGGCCUUUAAUAUGCCUUUUCCUUCCCUUCCCUUCUCUGCCCUCCCUUCCCCGCGACUAGGUCAUUCGAUCGUGACCCCGCUCCUUUGACUCUUUGAUCCCUUGAAAUUUGACUCGUGCAUCGUGUUCUGUUUGUUUGUCCGUUUCGCUGUUUGUCGUUUAGUGUACAAUAUUUGGGUAUCGGCAUCGGUAUGAGUUUCGGUUUUUUCUUUGUCUUUGACGUGUUCAGAUACGUUGGCGUGGAGGCUCGUACGCAGGGAGAAGUGAAAGUGAAGUGAAAGUAUAGUACGGUACGGACAGAAAGAAGGAAGGCUCUGAAUCGUGUCGGACUUGAAUAUAUAUUUACUUCCUU